AUGGCUCACAAGCAAAAGUCUAGUGUUAGUAUUACGAGCGCAGACGAGCCGCGCUUUGAUCUUGAGCAAUACCGGUCAUGGGCGAGGCGACAGAAGAAGAAAGCGAAAGACAACACCUGGGUCAGACUGGAAAACUUCUUUGACGCAUGGUACCAGAAAUGGAUAAUCCAGUUCGUCCUGCGGCAGUAUCCUCUCCCACCAAGCAAAGACGGACGACACAUCCCGGUGACGUACGGCCACGUCCGCAAGACACAAUUGGUAGAUGAGAGAACCGCUAAGAACAAGCCGUAUAUUUCAAAUUGGAUUAGGUCCACUCGCUACACCCUAUGGAGUUUCUUUCCCAAACAGCUGUAUUUCCAGUUCACCAAACUCGCAAACUUCUACUUCUUGAUAAUAGCUAUCCUGCAAGCAAUCCCCGGCUUGAGCACAACAGGUACCUUCACGACCCUCGCUGUUUUGGUUCCAUUCAUAGCAAUCAGCAUGGCCAAGGAAGGGUGGGACGACCUCAGAAGAUAUAAGCUCGACGUGAAAGAGAACAGAAGCCGUGUUUCCGUCCUAGAUCCUGACAAGACCAUCUUCACUGCAAACAAGAAGGGUCGCAGGAGGGACAUCAAGUCUCAAAAGGAGGCCGGCAUAGACGUGGCAAUGGCCGAGCUGGACGACCUAAGCUCCUCGAAUGACGUCUGGUCCAAAAUCAAAUGGCAACAUCUCAGAGUCGGCGACGUUAUCCGCCUUCACAGAGACGAAAGCGUUCCAGCUGACAUUGUCUUGCUGCAUGCUACGGGCCCUUCAGGGGUGGCGUACAUCGAGACUAUGGCGUUGGAUGGAGAGACCAACCUCAAGAGCAAACAGGCAUGCCCCUUGUUGGCCAAACGAUGUGACGAUCUUACCAAGUUGAAGAGCUGCCAUGCAGAGAUCAUAUCCGAGGAUCCGAAUCUUGACCUCUACAACUACGAAGGUCGCGUGACGGUGGACGGUGAAACAAAGCCCCUCUCCUUGAACGAAGUCGUGUAUCGUGGCUCUAUUGUGCGCAAUACCGUCCAUGCCACCGGUCUCGUUAUCAACACCGGGGAGGAAUGCAAAAUCCGCUUGAAUGCCAACAGGGAAAUACAUGCGAAAAUGCCGGCCAUGCAACGGAAGGUCAACCACAUAGUGUUGUUCCUGGUUUUCUUCGUGGCAUGCCUUGCAAUUGGUUUGACAACGGCCCAUCAGAUCUGGAAGCACAGGUAUCAAGGGGCUGCUAACCAUUACCUCGACCCGGUCCCACUUAAGCAGAUAUUGAUCGGUUUUGUUAUCAUGUUUAACACCCUGGUACCGAUUUCUCUUAUCGUCAGUCUUGAAAUCAUCAAGAUUGGGCAGUUUCUCCUCCUCCAAGAUAUAGAGAUGUAUGAUGCUGAAACCGAUACUCCCAUGGUGGCCAACACAACGACCAUCCUGGAAGAUCUCGGUCAGGUCAGUUACGUCUUUUCAGACAAAACCGGCACUCUUACCGAGAAUAAAAUGCGCUUCCGCAAACUCAGUGUGGCUGGGAAUGCCUUUCUCCACGAUCUUGACAUUAAGCGGGACGAAGAAGAAAGGCAAAUGCGCAUUGCCGGUUGCAAGGGGAAAGGCAAGAUGAACGUCGACUCGGCUGUUGCUUCUGAUCUGAACCGCAGGGAUGCCAUCAGAACUCCUCUGGUCAGCCAAGCUGCAGACCUCCCUAGACGACCAUCAAACAGUGUCUGGACAUCUACCGGUCGGCCUGGCCAUGCACAGCCUGAAGUGAACACAGAAAGUCUGUUGCAUCAUAUCUAUCGAAGACCAAACACAAACUUUUCCAGGAAAGCUAAACAAUUCCUUCUCUGUAUAGCUUUGUGCCAUACUUGUUUGCCCGAAAAGAAGGACGACGGCCAGAUCGAGUUUCAGGCAGCUUCCCCGGACGAGCUCGCGCUGGUACAGGCGGCGCAAGAUCUUGGGUACUUGCUAAUCGAUCGUCCAGCUCAGACUGUGGUGCUGCAGAUAAAAAGCUCAGAAGAUGGGCCGGUCUCGACGCAGAAAUAUGAGGUUCUUGACGUCAUCGAGUUCAGCAGUCAACGAAAGCGUAUGUCAAUCGUGGUCCGCAUGCCAGAAGGCAAUAUUCGUGUUCUCUGCAAGGGAGCCGACAGUGUAAUAUUACCGCGGCUAAAGCAAGCGUCCUUGGCCAUGCAGAAAGCAUCGGAUAUCAGUCACCGAACAUCUUUGAGGAAAAGCGAGGAAGCCACACGAGCGCUACACCGAAAGAGUAUGCAGGGAAAGCGGAGCAUGGACAUUGUGCGCGCUUCCUUGUCGAUGAAACGGAAUUUUAGGGGAGUUAACGCCCCCAACCGGUCCUCUUUUGUCAACGACGAAGUCGCCGAUUGGCUUGAGCAGCGAGAACACGAAAACUUCGAAGACACAGGACAUGCAGCAGCUUACCAAAGUCCUAUUCUCACAUCGCACGCCUUUGCUGAGGCCGAGGACGAUCUACAUGGGAUAAUCGACGAAUCCAUCGCCGCCUCUGAUAGCGCCAUUUUCGAACGCUGCUUUCAGCACAUCGAUGACUUUGCUUCUGAGGGACUGCGGACACUCAUUUACGCUUAUCGUAAUAUCUCCGAGGAGGAUUAUACUGCUUGGCGAGAGAUAUACCAGUCUGCCACCACGAGUUUGGUUGAGCGGCAAAAACGCAUCGAGGAGGCUGGCGAGUUGAUCGAGCAAGACUUUGAUCUUGCUGGCGCGACAGCGAUUGAGGAUAAACUACAGGCAGGAGUUCCAGAUACCAUUGACAAGUUGCGCAGAGCGAACAUCAAGAUUUGGAUGUUGACGGGCGAUAAGCGUGAGACCGCCAUCAACAUUGCACACUCUGCAAGGAUAUGCAAGACAUUCUCUGAUGUCUAUAUUCUCGAUGCGACCAAGGACGACUUGAACGAGACCAUGGCGUCGACUCUGCUUGAUGUUGGUCGAGGUAUGGUUGCUCACUCUGUCGUCGUUAUUGAUGGCCACACCUUGAGCAUAGUCGAUGAGGAUGACACGUUGAGGGCUAUGUUCUACGAUUUAACUGUUAGAGUGGACUCGGUCAUUUGCUGUCGAGCAUCGCCGUCUCAAAAGGCGAACCUUGUCAAAUGCAUAAGAGACACGAUCCCGACAUCUAUUACGCUCGCGAUUGGUGAUGGAGCCAACGACAUUGCCAUGAUUCAAGCUUCACAUGUCGGCAUUGGCAUAUCUGGUCGCGAAGGUCUCCAAGCAGCCCGGACAUCGGAUUUUUCGAUCGCUCAAUUCAGAUUCCUGCAGCGGCUGCUGUUUGUUCAUGGGAGGUGGAACUACUUGAGAACAGGGAAAUAUAUACUGGCUACAUUUUGGAAAGAAUUAUUCUUUUUCCUCUGCCAAGCCUACUAUCAACGAUGGAAUGGCUACACGGGUGUGUCAUUAUUCGAAAGCACAACUCUCACAGUUUUCAACUCACUGUUCACAUCACUCUCUGUCAUUUUCCCAGGUGUUGUCGAAAAAGACCUUGAAGCCACGACACUGCUGGCCGUUCCAGAAUUAUACACCUAUGGUCAAGACAACAAGGCCUUCAAUUACAGAAAGUGGAUUGGAUGGUGCAUAUUGGGCAUCGUCGAAAGCAUCAUUAUGUUUGAGAUUGUCUACGGGCUCUACGGACAACACGCCACAGACCUCUUUUCCAUUGGUCAGCUGGUUUGCUGCAUCGGGGUAGUUUUCAUCAACAUAAAGCUUUUCGUUCUCGAAAUGCACAACAAGACGUAUGUUCCAUUGCUAGGUUGGCUGCUUAUGAUAGGCGCCUGGUGGCUUUGGAAUAUCAUUCUGAGCACAACCGCAAUUGCAAAAAACAAACAAAUAGAAUAUCCCACGAUGAAAAACUUCACCACUCAUUUUGGGAGGCAACCACUUUGGUGGAUUACCGCCAUACUCGCGCUCGCAACACUUAUCAUACUCGAACUUUGUAUUACUGCUCUGAGGCGGGUAUACUUUCCCACAGACCAAGACUUGUGGCAGGAGAUAGAGCAUUUAGGGACUGGGAAGGUGUUGGAAGCACAUGCGGGUUUAAACGACAUGGAACGAGGUAACGCGCAACACGACAAUAACGAAACUGCUGGGUUAGGAGGCGAGCUGGGAAAGAUCGAUAGCGGCGGGACCUUCGAGUCCCAAUAG